AUACGUGUCUCUUACUCGUAUGUCUGAACUCUGAAGAAGGGUUUUAGAGGGAAGGGAGUAUUGGAUAGUGAAAGGUUUAUCUGCUCAAAAUUAAGAAAACAAACACCAUCAGAGGAAAGUGAAACCCUAGUUCUGAUGGUGCUCCUGAAGCCUCGUCCCUUCGCUAUUCGAUUUCUCAUCUCUGCUUCUCUACGUUCUCGGUGUCGUUCUCUUUCAUCAUCUUCCUCGGUAUUCUGCAAUGUCUCUCGUUCACCACUCUUAUCUAAAAACAGGGCGAGUUUAUGUACGGGAGGAGUGGGUUCAAGUGGGUUUUUGGUGAGAAAUGCUGCUGUUUCUACUAGAGCUUUUAUGUCUACGCCCACAGCUGCAGAAGCAGUACACGAGAGUUCAGGUUCCAAAGCUUAUGGUUCCGAACAGAUUCAGGUAUUGGAAGGCUUAGACCCCGUCCGGAAAAGACCAGGAAUGUACAUAGGAAGCACCGGGCUACGCGGAUUGCACCAUUUGGUUUAUGAAAUAUUAGACAAUGGUGUAGAUGAAGCUCAGGCGGGAUUUGCAUCCAGGAUAGAUGUUGUCUUACUAGCAGAUAAUUCUGUGAGCAUCACUGACAAUGGUCGUGGGAUACCAACAGACUUUCAUCCAGCCACCAAGAAAUCUGCAUUAGAGACUGUUUUGACGGUGUUACAUGCAGGGGGGAAAUUUGGCGGUGCAAGUAGUGGCUACAGCGUAUCAGGGGGGUUACAUGGAGUGGGCUUAUCGGUUGUUAAUGCAUUAUCUGAGGCAUUAGAAGUUACUGUAUGGCGAGAUGGUAUGGAAUACAAGCAAACCUACUCUCGUGGAAAGCCAGUGACUUCUCUAUCCUGUCAUGAACUCCCUGCUGAAAUGGGUGCUCGUCAAGGAACAUGCAUCAGAUUUUGGCCUGAUAAAGAAGUUUUUACGACUUCAAUUGAGUUUGAUUACAAAACAAUAGCUAGCAGAGUAAGGGAGCUUGCUUUUCUUAACCCCGAGCUAACAAUUGCUUUGCGGAAGGAGGAUAUAGAUCCAGAGAAGGCAGAACACAAUGAGUACUGCUAUGCUGGUGGAUUGAUUGAGUAUGUUAAAUGGCUGAACACCGACAAGAACCCGCUCCAUGAAACUGUCGGAUUCAGAAAACAGAUAGAUGGGAUCACUAUUGACGUUGCCCUUGAAUGGUGUUCAGAUGGAUAUUCAGAUACAUUGCUGGGAUAUGCUAAUAGCAUACGGACAGUUGAUGGAGGUACUCAUAUUGAAGGCGUGAAGGCUGCAAUAACAAAAACUCUUAAUAAUCUGGCAAAGACGUCAAAAGUCAUCAAGGAGAAAGAUAUCAGUUUAAGUGGCGAACAUGUGAGGGAGGGAUUAACAUGUGUGGUCUCUGUCAAAGUCCCAAAUCCGGAGUUCGAAGGACAAACUAAGACGAGGUUGGGAAAUCCAGAGGUUCGAAAAGUGGUUGACCAAUCUGUGCAGGAGUAUCUUUCAGAGUACUUAGAGCUGCAUCCUGACGUACUAGAUUCUAUACUCUCCAAAUCUCUAAAUGCUCUCAAGGCAGCUUUGGCGGCUAAGAGAGCACGGGAAUUGGUGAGGCAAAAGAGCGUCCUGAAGUCAUCUUCUCUUCCUGGGAAAUUAGCUGAUUGCUCAGCUACUGAUCCUGCAGAAGCUGAAAUAUUUAUCGUUGAAGGGGAUUCAGCUGGUGGUAGUGCAAAACAAGGCCGUGACAGGCGAUUUCAGGCUAUUCUUCCCUUGAGGGGUAAAAUUCUAAACAUUGAGCGGAAGGACGAGGCAGCUAUGUACAAGAAUCAAGAAAUUCAAAAUCUGAUUCUUGGGCUUGGACUUGGAGUGAAGGGAGAGGAUUUUAAAAAAGAGGCCCUCCGGUACCAUAAAAUCAUUAUUCUGACUGAUGCUGAUGUUGAUGGUGCACACAUCCGAACUCUUUUAUUGACAUUCUUCUACAGAUACCAGAAAGCGCUAUUUGACGAAGGUUGCAUUUAUGUGGGCGUUCCACCACUAUAUAAGGUCGAACGGGGUAAGCAAGCACAUUAUUGCUAUGAUAAAGAAGAGCUUGAGCGUAUUCAGAGUACUUUCCCCUCAAAUGCUUCUUAUAACAUCCAAAGGUUCAAAGGUUUGGGUGAGAUGAUGCCUCUACAACUAUGGGAAACCACAAUGGAUCCUGAAAGAAGGGUACUGAAGCGAAUGGUGGUUGAAGAUGCUGCUGAAGCCAAUAUGGUGUUUUCCUCUCUCAUGGGCGCCUCGGUGGAUGUGCGAAAGCAGCUUAUUCAAGAUUCUGCACGCAAGAUCAAGUUAGACGAUCUCGACAUUUAAAGAUUAAAUUUUAUCAGUGAUGUACAUGCAGCUAUCGUAUAUAAAGUUCGGUUCUCAGAUUAAAGAUGAUCAGUGCAGCCGGAAAUCAUUUUGAUCUUUUACAAGUAUAUUUCUCGUGGAGAGGAACUCUUUUCAUUCCAACCAGCUAAAUCUUUUGAUCUAUCAAUAUGCUUGAUGCCGUCAAUCUUUUGAUCUUUUGAAUGUUUUUGUGAUACUGGGUAUCAACUCGGUUGUUUUGGGGUUCUUCUCAAAAGACGUAUUCUGCUUCUUUAACGAGGGAAAUAUGUAUCAUAGACAGAUGCUGAUCUUCAGUAAUAUAAUGUAAUAGAUUUUGUCUUUUAUAGUUCUACUAAUCAGUUGGUGAGAAUUUGAUAAA